AUGACGACCUCAGAAGAAACGAUCAAUGGUGCUUCAUUCGAGAUUGGGAGCUUCAUUAAUGAUCACAAGCAUAUCAAGAAGAUCACACCUACUCAGAGAAGGGUUAGAGGAAUUCUAAAAAGGGCAUUUACAGCAGAACCUGAAGCCCGAAAGUGGAUGCUUUCUGUGACCCAGAUUUUCGAAAGUUCCACUGAGGCAUAUCCAACUUCAGCCAAGCUUUUGGUUCUUUGUUCUGUCAGUACUGGGAGCCUGAUAGCAUAUGCAGAUUUUCCUUCAGAAGGUAAAGAAUCAAGUGCUGUACAGAAUCUGAAGGAAACUCAAAAGAAAAAGGUGGUAGUUCUUGGGACUGGGUGGGCUGGGACCAGCUUUCUGAAGGAUCUCGAUAUCUCGUCUUACGAUGUUCAAGUGGUCUCACCUAGGAACUACUUUGCAUUCACCCCUUUGUUACCCAGUGUCACAUGUGGAACAGUCGAGGCUCGAAGCAUUGUUGAGCCAGUUCGUAACAUUAUAAAGAAGAGAAAUGGUGAAAUUAAGUUCUGGGAAGCUGAAUGCCUCAAGAUCGACCCCACGAACAAAAAGGUGUUUUGCCGGUCUAAUAUUGACGAGAACUUAGCUGGGAGUAAUGAGUUCUCGUUAGAAUAUGAUUACCUGGUAAUAGCCAUUGGAGCUCAAGUGAACACUUUUGGUACUCCUGGCGUAUCAGAGCAUUGCCAUUUUCUCAAGGAAGUGGAGGAUGCUCAAAGAAUCCGUAGGACCGUGAUAGAUUGUUUUGAAAAAGCUGUCCUUCCUGAAUUAACCGAGGAAGAGCGGAGAACUAACCUCCAUUUUGUAAUAGUCGGUGGAGGCCCCACUGGUGUGGAAUUUGCAGCUGAACUUCACGAUUUUGUUCACGAAGACUUGGUCAAAUUAUACCCUUCGGUCAAAGAUCUUGUCAACAUAUCUGUGAUACAAUCCGGUGAUCACAUCUUGAACACGUAUGAUGAAAGAAUAAGCUCGUUUGCUGAACAGAAAUUUCAAAGGGAUGGGAUUGAGGUUUUAACGGGUCACCGUGUGUUGAGUGUUACAGACAGAAUGAUAGACAUGAAGAAGAAAUCAGAUGGGCAGAAUAUUUCGAUGCCCCACGGCAUGAUAGUAUGGUCGACUGGGGUCGGGACUAGGCCAGUUGUGAAGGAUUUCAUGGAAAAUAUUGGCCAGGGAUCUGAGGAUGUGUAUGCUCUUGGUGAUUGUGCCACAGUGGAUCAAAAAAAGAUCAGGGAAGAUAUUACGGCCAUAUUCCAAGCUGCAGACAAGGAUAACUCGGGUACCCUAACAGUCGAAGAAUUCAAAGACGUGGUUACGGAUAUAAUCAUCCGAUAUCCUCAAGUCGAGCUUUAUCUGAAGCACAAGCAUCUCUUUGACGUUACAGACCUGCUAAAAGAUGCAGAUGGUAAUGAAAGAGAUGAAGUGGACAUCGAAGGUUUCAAAUCAGCACUAUCACAAGUGGAUAAGCAGACAAAGAGCCUUCCUGCUACAGCUCAGGUUGCGGCACAACAAGGCGCGUAUCUUGCUAGGUGCUUCAACUUGCGUGAAAAAUGCAAAUUAGAACCAGAGGGCCCACGCAAGUUCCGAAGUGGCGGUCGUCAUGAAUUUCGGCCUUUUCAGUACAAACAUUUCGGGCAAUUUGCACCCCUUGGAGGAGAGCAAGCAGCGGCAGAGCUUCCCGGGGACUGGGUUUCAAUGGGUCAAAGUACACAAUGGCUUUGGUAUUCUGUAUAUGCCAGUAAGCAAGUUAGCUGGCGCACGAGAUUUCUAGUGGUUAGUGACUGGACAAGGAGAUUUGUGUUCGGGAGGGACUCGAGCCAUUUGAUUUUUACGAUGAGUGGUUACGGAUUUUACCAGAGAGCUUCGAGGGCUUACAGCACAAACCCUAAUCUCUUCAAGUUGCUGAUUGUUUCUACUGUCAGUGGUGGUGGGCUACUGGCAUUCUCUGAGAAAAGCCCGAUAAGAGCUGCAUAUGCUGAUGUGGGCCAGCCCGAUAUCAAGAAGAAAGUGGUUGUGUUGGGAACCGGUUGGGCUGGCACGAGCUUUGUCAAGAGCUUGAAAGACCCUGCAUAUGAUGUUAAAAUCGUGUCCCCAAGAAACUACUUUGCUUUCACACCUCUUUUGCCGAGCGUCACUAAUGGCACGGUUGAGGCACGAAGCAUUGUCGAGCCAAUCCGUACUAUUGUCAGAAAGAAAAAGUUUGAUGUUCAGUUACAAGAGGCUGAGGCCUACAAAAUCGAUACUGAAAACAAGAAGGUAUACUGCCGAUCAACCCAGCAGAACAACUUAGGCGGGGUUGAUGAAUUCACAGUGGAUUAUGAUUAUCUAGUGAUAGCAAUGGGUGCUCGUUCAAACACGUUUAACACCCCUGGUGUUGAGGAGAAUGCACACUUCCUCAAGGUAGUCCCAUCUUUGUUUUUUAGCAGUGAAUUAAAUAAUCUUUUUAUGUUCGACAAGAGGAUUACAACUUUUGCAAUGGAUAAGUUCGGUAGGGAUGGUAUACAAGUGAAAGUUGGUUCCAUGGUUACAAAAGUAGGCGAAAAGGAGAUAUCUACUAAAGAAAGAGCCUCAGGCCAAACUGUGUCUAUACCUUAUGGGAUGGUCGUCUGGUCGACUGGAAUUGGUACUCGUCCAGUUGUGAUGGAUUUCAUGAAGCAGAUUGGACAGACAAACAGACGAGUAUUAGCAACUGAUGAGUGGCUGCGUGUUGAAGGAUGCGAUAAUAUCUAUGCUCUUGGGGACUGUGCUACAAUAAAUCAACGCAAAGUCAUGGAGGACAUAUCUGCAAUUUUCAGCAAGGCAGACAAGAAGAACACGGGCCACCUUAAGGCUGAUGAUUUUAAGGAGGUGAUCAAGGACAUUUCUGACAGGUAUCCUCAAGUGGAAAUCCAUCUGAAAAAGAAGCAGCUCAAGAAUUUCCUUCAAUUGCUCAAGAAAGCGGAUGGGGAUGAUGAAAUCGAUAUCGAGAAGUUCAAGUUAGCACUUUCUGAGGUGGAUUUACAAUUGAAGAAUCUUCCUGCAACUGCACAGGUAGCUGCCCAGCAAGGUUCGUACUUGGCUGAUUGUUUCAACCGAAUGGAGCUCUGUGAGAAGUAUCCGGAAGGUCCGUUGAGGUUUCGGGGGACAGGAAGGCAUCGUUUCAGACAAUUCAGGUACAAACAUUUUGGGCAAUUUGCUCCUUUGGGAGGAGAACAAACAGCAGCUCAGCUUCCUGGAGACUGGGUUUCCAUUGGUCAUAGCACCCAGUGGCUCUGGUACUCUGUUUAUGCCAGCAAGCUGGUCAGUUGGCGCACAAGAUUUCUGGUGGUCUCGGAUUGGGGCAGGCGCUUCAUAUUCGGGAGGGACUCGAGUAAAAUCUGAGAUGAGCUGAUUCAUAUAGGGCUGCGUAGCUUAAUACAUGCAUGGGAAAAAACAAUUUUCAUGACUUUACAUUCAAACUUAGUAGUUUUUGUUGGAACCCCUUUUCAGAGUGUUUUGAUGCUUUGUUGUGCUGCUAGCCAGCCAAUGCAUUGCUGAGUUCUGCUACUGAAAUUUUGGGUGAAGGAUAGAUUGCUUUCAACCUCUUUAACAAGAGAGGUAGAGAAGUAUGGUUAAUUUCUUAGAUAUCUAGUUCUUUGUUUUAAGGUUUUGAUACAUUUGAUACUAUUUUAUGUUUGCUUCACAUGGAUGCAUACAGUUAGUUCAUCGAG